AAUAACUUCAAAACACUGAUUUUCUCAGCGGCGGCGAUAUCGGAAGACAUACAAGAGGUCACGUAAAAUAUUAUCAAGAAAUGAUUCGGUGGAGAAAACCAUUUUCCUCUCCGAUGGUAACCACUCGAACAUUUUGUAUGGUAUCUGUCAAAAGAACGCGGUUUGCAAUCCAGCAGGCUUGGAAGCGAAGGGACGCUGAUAAGUGUGAAGACAAAGCUUUCAAAGUAAAACACGCGAAGUUGUACUCCAUAGCUCCUUCUAGAAGUGAGCCUGAUGUCAAUAUUUCUUCAGCUUUGACUCUUAACGACGGCGUAAAAAUCCCCAUCUUUGGAUUGGGUGUCUACCAAGCAGGAUCUGGCGUGGAAACUAAAAAUGCCGUACGAUGCGCUUUGGAAAAUGGGUACAGACAAAUCGACACUGCUGCUAGAUACAAAAACGAGGACAGUGUUGGUGAAGCCAUCAAGGAAAGCAAAAUUCCACGAGAAGAUAUAUUUGUGGUCACAAAGUUAUAUGACGAUGAUCACGGCUUCGACAAAACGCUAGCAGCGUUCAAUAAGAGCUUAGGAAAAUUAGGAAUGGAAUACGUGGACUUGUAUUUGAUGCAUUCCCCGGUUCCUGAUAAUGUAAUAUCCUCAUGGAGUGCUAUGGUCAAGCUACGACAGCAAGGACUAGUUAGGUCAAUAGGUGUGUCUAACUUUGGUAUUCACCACCUUGAAGAACUAAAGAAGCACUCAACUGUUAUGCCCUCUGUCAACCAGAUUGAAGUUCAUCCCUUUUUACAAGAAAGUGAUGUGGUCAACUAUUGUAAAGAGGAAGGCAUUGCCAUCCAGGCUUACUCACCAUUGACAAGAGGCGAGAAACUUGACCACCCAACAAUUAAAGCUGUUGCUGAUAAGCAUGUAAAAACUCCAGCACAGAUAUUAUUGAGAUGGUGUGUACAGAAAAACUAUAUCUGUAUUCCAAAGUCUAGUCAAUCAUCUCGCAUUGUAGAAAAUGUCAGUAUAUUUGACUUUCAACUGUCUACUGAGGACAUGAAUGUUUUAGAUGGGUUAGAGGAAGGAUUUAGGACUGGAAGACCUAAAAUACAAGAGCCUUGGAAGGGAUAGCAAAUAAAGAAUUAUGCUUCAGAAACCAUAUUAUGUAUGUAGAGGAGUCCAAUAUGCAAGUCUGAUAAGAUUGUUGCUAGAAAAUUAAAAUGUAAGGGGGGUAGAGAAAGGGGGGAUCAAAGAGCCCAAGAGAGAGGGAGGUUGUUUAGGUUAUUUGCACUCAAGCUAAGAAAUUGUCAAUUAAAAGUGGAAACAAAAUUUGUGAAAUACUUAAGUUUUAACAUUGUAAAACACUUUAAAAACAGGUUUUAAUUACAGGCAAUAAGGCUCUAGAAAUAGUAAUAUUAUAAGAUAAAACUGCAUUGAAUAAAUUACAUUAAAACAAACCAAAGCAAAGGUAUUUAUUUUGAACAAGAUUUGGCAAAAUUGUUCCUUAAUUUGCUAUGGUAUUAUUUAAAGUUAAAGUAUUUAGUUAAUAUAGAAAUAAAAUUUUGAUGUAUCUUAGUUUUGAUUUUUGACACUAUUGUUCCUUUCUACUUUAAAUUUCACAAGUAACUAACACUAGUCUGUAUGUGAUCUCCAGUGCUAUCAAAGUAUCAAAAAAUCAUUCUACAAAAAUGUAAAAUACUCAGUCACGCAUUUACAAACACUCUAUCAUCUAACCAUCAUUAAUCAGUACUUUUUUAAACAAUAAGGGCUAAACAGUCAACAGUCAUAUGAUUGUCUGAUGAAAAAUCAUUAACUGUUCAAACAACAGAGUGUAGAGCUUCUUUAACCAUCUUGUGAAUUUACUUCAAAAAUGGUAUGAUCUGUUUAUUAAAAAACUCUUCAGUAAAUUGCAG